CGCUUUCCUCCCGGGCCAAUUGAGGGACACUGGGCACCUCUAUAAGAAAUAUAGUGCUUCUGUCCGAAAUUGUGCCUCUAACCAGCCAGAGGUAACUACCAAGAAACCUGCCAGAAGGUGUAUUGUCACUCCUAGCAGGUGCCGUUGAACUCCGCGGAGCGUCGUUUACUCUAUAUAAAGCAGAGAAAUUUCAACUAGCGAAUUCCACACGUCGCUCGUUGCCACUGCUCGCUAUAUUUUCUGCUCUUGUUACCCUUGUAUUGUUAAACGAGACCGCACUAUCCAUCGCUGAUAUGGAAGUUCAAAUUCUCUCUGAUCUCCAUUUGGAGACGCCAGCCGCAUAUGACAUAUUCACCGUGAACCCCAAAGCACCCUAUUUGGCGCUGCUCGGAGACACGGGAAAUGUUAGGGACGAUGGAUUCUUCACAUUUAUCCGUGGCCAAUUGCAAAACUUUCAGCUUGUCUUCCUGCUCCUUGGAAACCACGAACCGUUUUACUCCAGCUGGAUGGAAACAAAGGCAAAACUAGAGCGCUUUCAAAAUGAGAUGGAGCGAGCCUUAAACAAUAAGGAAGUGCAAGGCAAACUUAUCUUCCUCGACCGAGCGCGCUACGAUAUCUCUCCCACCGUCACUGUUCUCGGGUGCACACUCUUUUCGCACAUCACGCCCGAACAGGAGGAGGAUGUGAGUUUCGGAAUGAAUGACUUCUAUUAUAUCAGCGGCUGGUCGGUCGAGGCGCAUCAGGCCGCACACCUGGAAGAUCUAGCAUGGCUGAAUAAAGAAGUCGAAUCUAUCUCACGCCACGAUCCGGAGCGGAAAGUCGUCAUAUUCACGCAUUAUUGUCCCACCACAGAUGAGAAAGUGAUAGACCCGACGCAUACGAAUAGCCACAUUUCAUCCGGCUUCAUGAGCGACCUGUCGAAGGAAGUAUGCUGGGGCGACACCUGCGUCAAGCUCUGGGCGUUUGGACACACACAUUUCAACUGUGAUUUCUUAGAUCAGAAAACGGCGAAGAGGGUCGUGUGUAAUCAACGAGGUUACUAUUUUGCGCAAUCAAAGGGGUUUGAUGGGGAGAAAGUUGUCAAAAUAUGAACAGCAUAACUACAGGCAAUGGUGAUCUUCUAUUAUGUUUAUCUUUAAGGGGAAUUUACAUUCGCUGUCAUAAUAUGCCGAAGUUGAGAAUUUC